UGUCCUGCACAGCUAUAGUUCAUUUAUUGCAUUUCGACACUUGUGAUAUGCAGUUAUUUCCAAGACAAACAAUUAUUUCAAAAACGACUUUGAAAAUAACAAAAUAAAAAACAUUUAUAAUCGAUAUCACAAAACGAGGAUAUAACGUUAUCCUCAUGAAUGAACGAAUCAGAGUAUAGCUAUUUGAAGAUCCAUCCGCCUACUGAACUAACUCCAGCGACACAGCUGCACUCCUCACGAACGAGAGCGUGUCUCCCGCUUAAAAACAAGCCUCAAACUCACCGGAGAAGCUCAAAAACAAGACUCUGUCCUGCUGAAGCCUCGAUAGUUUCUAUCGAGUUUCUGACUAAAGAUGAAGGUUAAACUUUAUUCCGACGCGGAUUCGCAGAGUUGCUCCAACAGUGAUGAAGAGGAAACAAACAGCCUCAGCGACAGCCAGUAUAUCGUUGUCAAGCUUGAAGAUGAAGAAACCGAGAUGGAUCUGAGUAUAUUCGCUCCUGUGGAGUCCUCCUCGGAGUGUGAGGAAGAAGAAGUCGAAGAUGAAAAUGCCGAUGAGCUCUCGGACUCCUCCAGCGUUUCUACCUGGAGAAGGAGAAACACCAGAGAGCCAGAUAACCAGGAGGAUCCAGCGCCCCUCCAGAAACAGUCUUCCCGGAGGGGUUUAAAAGCACGGAGAAUGAGCCGACAGACCUUUCUGGCUGAGCAGCGACACAAGCAGAGUCUGGACUGUAGUGCAGCAAACGGGGAUGUGAAUGUCGGAUUCCCGUCUGAGAAUCACACUUUUUACCAUGCUGCACCUCCGUCUGAUUCAGCCCGAGGUCCUGUAGAGAUGUCUGGACUGAACACAGCAAUCAGCCCUUUAGCUGCCAUGGAGCCUCCUGUAUUUCCAAAUGCACCAGUACAGAGCACAUCUGUCGUGGGGGAGGAUCAGCAGAAUAUACUACUUGAGGUCCUGAACCAUUGUAGGUUCCUGCAUGCAGCAGUGCAGAGGCUUGAACAGAAGAUUGACAGACAGAUGUCAAAUGAGCUGUUACAUGAAAGAAGCUCAGCGAACCUGAAGAAUAGCCCAAAGAGACGGGCAUCUCUGCGUGUUGAAGAAAGGCAGCUGUCCUGGUCGUUGACUCAGAGACUUGAUCCACCAGUCCCGAGAAACCCACGCUGGAUCCCUCCCUGGAAACGAGGGCUGGACAGGGCGGAUUUUCAGCAAGCUGACAACAGCAGCCCUCAGCUGGGCAAACCUCCCGGCGGCGUAAGGGGCAGAGGCAGGGGCAGGGGCAGAGGACGCGGUCGCGGUCGUGGUCGCAGGGGGCGCGGUAACGGAUCCCAGCGUCAGUCUCCGACUCCUGAUCCUGCUUCACUCAUGUCAAAGCCCAGUGGAGAAGAGGUCUGCACUGCAUCCACAGAUGACCCACAGCCGUCAGAGGUGAUGCAGAAAGGAUCUCCGACUAACACAGACUCAAAGUGUCAGCAGAAAAGAAAGAAAGCCUUUGCUCCGGUGGAUGGGGAGAAAGUUGAACUGGAGACGAUGCCCAACAGUAAAGAGGCCACACUUGAAGGUCAGGUUGACGGCAAAGUAAUGAUCGGAAGCCCCUUGAGGAGAGUGUGGAUCCCGCUGUCGGUGUACAAGGAGGUGUUUAAGGAGGUGGAGCCCCAGAAGGCUGUAGUGCCUGUGCUUCACGCCCUCUUCCCCAUCAGCACACUGUCCUGCAGUGCCAUCACAGGAAACCCUGCAAAAGGCUUCCAGCAACUCGACCCCAACAAAAUAGAAGCCCUUCGUGAGUUUCUUGCUGAGAUGUACCCACAGUUUGACAUUGGCGUGAGGGACGUGACGUGGGCACAGUGUCUUGGAGUGAUUAACAACAUCACCAAAGACCUCAAGAAACAAGCUGAAAAAACAUCACAUCUGCCAAUAGAGGUCGGUUACACAACAAACGAUUGUUCAUACUCUUGAGGAUCUGACACUCAUACUCAACAAUGUAACCAGUUUUAUUUACUUCAGUCAAUCAUCUGAACUGAUACAGUGUUCAUAACUGAAGUGCAACUCCCUGUUUUGACAAAAGCUGUCUUUUGUUCUCUCUUCUAUAGCUGCUAAAUUUCAAUGGAGAGAAAGGUUUUUGGAUGUGUAAUAUAUUAACAAUUCCUUUGUUCUUAAUAAAUCCAUAUAUUAACCAUUCUUUGUUUAAACAUCUAAAUGUUAAUGUACAUUUUAUAUUGCCAAAUAAAGUCUUUUUCAGAU